ACGCUUCCUCCACUUCCGGUUGUGCGUGGCUGCAGAAAGAUGGCGCACAGACGCUGCUUUGCAGUCUUAGAUCAAAUAUUUUCUCUCUUUUUUCUCUGCUUUUGUCUUCUAGUCGCGUCGCAAAGAGGACAAAGUCACGAUGUGUUCAGUGCGAGUCGCGCGGCUGCAGUACCCAUCAGCGCCGCCAGGGACCUGCGAUACCUUCUAUACGAUGUCAACCCCCCGGAGGGUUUCAACCUGCGAAGAGAUGUUUAUAUCCGCGUAGCGUCCCUGGUCAAAUCUCUGAGGAAGCACGGCGACGACUGGGUCCUGGUGCUGCCCCCCUGGGGUCGCCUGUACCACUGGCAGAGCCCCAACAUCCACCAGCUCCGCAUCCCUUGGAGCCACUUCUUCAGUCUUAGCAGCUUACAGGCCAACGUUCCUGUGAUUGAGUAUGAAGAAUUCAUUGCAGAGAACGGAGGGCCGUUCAUUGAUCGAGUUGUGGUCCUGCAAAAUUACGCAGAGGGAUGGACUGAUGGGAAAUGGGAGGAGAAAGUGGAUGAGCGGCCGUGCGUGGACAAGCUGAUGUACAACAAAGACAAACAUGGCUACUACAGAGGCUGGUUUUGGGGCUUUGAAGAGACAAGAGCUGCAAAUGUGACUUGUGUGUCGGCACAAGGCCACGCCUCCAUCAUGGUUCCCGUUCUGCAGAAGAACAUUUCAGCCACCUCAGUAAUGCUUGACCGAGCAGAGACUCUCCUCCAUGAUCACUAUGCUGGCAAGGAUUACUGGGAUAGCCGCCGCAGUAUGGUGUUUGCCAAGCACCUCCGCCUCAUUGGAGACGACUUCAGAGCAAAGUACCUCAACUCCACAGACCAUGGCGACCAGACUGUUUACAACGAAGACUGGACUCGCAUGAAGGCUAAGCUGGGCACUGCCAAAGGGGGCCCCUAUCUCGGAGUCCACUUGCGGCGGAAGGAUUUCAUAUGGGGCCACAGAGAGGACGUACCCAGCCUGAAGGGGGCAGUCAAGAACAUCCGAAGCCUUAUGAAGAAGCACAAGUUGGACAAAGUGUUUGUGGCGACAGACGCAGACGAGGAAGAAGUGAAGGAGAUGAAGAGGUGGUUGCCUGAGUUGGUGAGAUUUGAAGCAUCCAAGGAGGAUCUGGAGCUCUUUAAAGAUGGAGGAGUGGCCAUCAUUGAUCAGUGGAUUUGUGCCCAUGCAAGAUUCUUCGUGGGAACAUCAGUGUCCACUUUCUCCUUCCGUAUCCACGAAGAGCGAGAAAUCCUUGGUUUUAAUCCCAAAACCACUUACAAUCGUUUGUGUGGGGACGCAGAGACGGAGUGUGAGCAGCCCACUCACUGGAAGAUAGUUUACUGACGUCACUUUGCAUUCUCUUCAUACACACAAGUGCCAACAACAGUGUUACUCUAAGGUAUGCCACUACAACUCUUCAGAGUUACAAGGUGGGCACCUUUCACAGGUGUUAGGAGUUUUGCAAUCAGGUGCCAAAGCUGUAAUUACUUCUUUUUUAAAGUCACCAAACACAGCACAUAGCCCCACAUUCUAGGCCCCCAUACACAAGACUCCUUAUAAGGGAACUGCUACACCUUUCUUUCAAUGUUGUCUAUCAUUCACAAUAAUGAUGUAAGACCAGCACACAUGCUUUUCUUUUUGUAUGCAUUCUAACUCGUAAAUAAAGGCUACCAAGAGUCAGCUAACAAUAGAGCCAAUGAGUGUCGCCCUUUUCCGCCUCUAGAAACAUCCAUCAAUGUUUUAUAUACACACUGUAAGUAC